UUUGCAGAAAGAAAAAGAUUUAAAAUUAGUCCUUAUCCAUGGACUGAACAGUUUUUCAAAAUUUUAAACAAAAUAACAAAAGGUCUUUAACAUAUAAAUCCGCGCCUAAAUGCCAUCCUUAAUCAUCUCUCAUAUCAGCACAAUUCUAGUCGAAACUGAAACAACUGAACACACACUUAAAGACAACAAGAGUGCGAAAGUGAUAAUUAAAGAGAGAGUAUUUGAAUUGAUCUCAGAUGGCUCAUGACAACAGCGAAGUAGAGGUGGAGGUGUCGGUGAGCUCCUCCGCUUCGUUUAAAGCUCGAAGGUCAAAACCUAAUGAGGAUGCAAUUAAUCUCUUCCCGGGCUCUGAUCCUGUCCGCCUUGAACUCAACCGUCUUGAAAACGAACUCCGAGAUAAAGAUAGAGAAUUAGGAGAAGCUCUUGCGGAAAUUAAAUUCUUGAAGAAUUCAGAACGCCUUAAACACAAAGCUGUUGAAGAGCUAACAGAUGAGUUGAACAAAGUGGAUGAAAAGCUUAUAGUUACUGAAGCACUUUUGGAAAGCAAGAAUCUUGAGGUUAAGGCGAUAAAUGAUGAGAAAAAAGCAGCUUUGGCUGCACAGUUUGCUGCAGAAGCCACACUACGUAGAGUUCAUGCUGCUCAGAAAAAUGAUGAGAUGCCUCCAAUUGAGGCAAUUAUCACUCCGCUGGAGGCAGAGCUUAAGCUUGCCAGGUUGGAGGCAGCAAAAUUGCAGGAGGACAAUAGAGCACUGGAUCGACUAACUAAAUCUAAAGAAGCUGCUCUACUCGAGGCUGAGAGGACUGUCCAGAUGGCAUUGGCAAAAGCUUCUUUGGUUGAUGAUCUGCAAAACAAAAAUCAAGAGCUGAUGAAACAGAUUGAAAUAUGCCAGGAGGAAAAUAAAAUCCUAGACAAAAUGCAUCGACUAAAGGUUGCAGAGGUCGAAAAGCUAACCCAAACUGUUCGUGAACUGGAAGAAGCUGUUUUGGCUGGAGGAGCUGCUGCCAAUGCUGUGCGUGAUUACCAGCGAAAAGUGCAAGAGAUGAGUGAGGAGAAAAAGUUUCUGGAGCGAGAAGUAGCACGUGCCAAGGUAUCUGCAAACAGGGUUGCCACAGUUGUUGCAAAUGAGUGGAAAGAUGGCAAUGACAAAGUUAUGCCCGUAAAGCAGUGGCUUGAAGAGAGAAGACUCUUUCAGGGAGAACUGCUACAGCUUCGAGAUAAGCUGGCUGUAGCUGAGCGCACUGCAAAGGCAGAAGCACUACUGAAAGAGAAAUACCACUUACGAUUCAAGGUUUUAGAGGAAAGGCUUAAAGCCUCUAAUUUUAACUCUCGCACUGCCUCUGAAGGAAGAUGUAUAAGCAGCAGGCUAUCACGACGUCAGUCCCUUGGUGGAGCUGAAAGUUUUUCCAGAUCAACCUCCAGUAGCUCUGUAUCAAAGGAAGUAGUGAAUUCACAAGUUGGGUCCCUCCAAUCCAAUAAUGCUUUUUCUUUGUUGAGUCCCAAAAUGUCAAGAAGAUCAUUUGAUGGUGGUAGCAGAUCUUUGGAUAGAGGUAAUCUGAUUCAAGUUGCAAUCGCAAAACAUAGUUUUCCCACCAUCACUGAUGAUCAGACCUCAAUUACUGAGAUAACCAUUACACAUGACGAGAGUAUGGAUAGGACUGAAAAAUCUGAAACACAUCUUGAAGAUUAUGUUUCAGGUGUGUUGUAUGAUCUGUUACAGAAAGAGGUAAUAACUCUGAGGAAAGCUUGCCAAGAAAAAGAUCAAAGCCUGAAGGACAAGGAUGAUGCAAUUGAGAUGUUGGCAAAAAAGGUUGACACAUUGAACAAAGCGAUGGAAGUUGAGUCCAGAAAAAUGAGAAGGGAAGUAGCUGCCAUGGAGAAGGAAGUUGCUGCAAUGCGUAUUGGCAAGGAGGUUGAUCAGCAAACAAGGCGCACUGGUGCUCCAAAGGUAGCUGUGAAUAGCCCUCAGUUGCUCUCUGCAAGGAAUGCACGAAACUAACUGGAAAUUGACGUAGGAUAUGGCAUGUUUUUAAUUCUUUGGUUCUGCAUGGUUUUGUGAUCAUUCCUUUUUUUCACUUGUUUUAGCUGUCUCAACCAGGUAGAACAUUUAUUAAGAACUUACUCUAUGUUUCUGGGCAAUAUUUGUAUGUACAUUUAUUGCAAAUCAUUAAAGUUAAGUGUGCCAUUAAUGAAGUUCUUUCCAUGUGGGUUAUGAAA